CAUCAUAAACCAGACACUAAUCAAAGGUUUCAAACAUAAAAAACAAACAAAAAACAUAUUCAAGUGCUUUUCUUCUUAACAUUCAUUCCUUCCACAUAUUCUAUUCUCUCUCUCUCUCUCUCUCUCUCUCUCUCUCUCUCUCUCUCUCUCUCUCUCUCUCUCUCUCUCUCUCUCUCUCUCUCUCUCUCUCUCUCUGCAUAAUCAAUUGCACCCAUCAUCUUCCUUUACCCACGCCUGCUCAAUUUGUGGCGCAUGCUGUGCUCAUUUUGCCUAUGUUUGAAUUUUCUGUAACACUCUCUGACUUCUCCACUAUCUCUUUUUUUAUAAUUCAAGUGCAAAAUUCACUCUUAUAAGUACUGUUCUUGAGUUCUAAAGCUUCAAACUUUGACAUGUUUUUCUGUUUUUCUUCUUCUCUAUCUUAAUGGGUCUUUUCCAAUUUCUCUCAAAAUUCAUUCUUUAAGUACAUGUGAGAAUUAAAGCUUCAAUCUUUGAUAGCUUUUUGUGUUUUUCUUCAUGUUUGUUUUAAUGGGUCUGUUCCAAUUUCUUUGCUUUAUAUGAAUUUCCCACCUCUCUUGGUUUUGAGCUUCCCAAAGGUGACACCUUUGGGGUUGUAUAAGACUCAAAGUGAUUGAAUUUCAGAAUACCAUUUUGAAGGAAAUUUUGUAGCAGAUAUGGUUGCAGAACCUUGGAUUGUAAAGAUGGGUAACCAAGUAAGUUCAAAUCUCAAACAUGCUCUUCUACUUGAAACUUUAACAAAGAAAAAACAUAGUCAAAAAAGGUUAGAAAACAAAGAAACUAUAGGGAUUCUUUCUUUUGAGGUAGCAAAUGUGAUGUCAAAAACCGUGCACCUUCACAAAUCACUUUCAGAGUCUGAGAUCUCAAAGCUUAAAAAUGAGAUCUUGAACACUGAGGGUGUUAGGAAUUUGGUUUCAUCUGAUGAGGGUUAUCUUCUUGAGCUUGCUUUAGCAGAGAAGCUUGAAGAGUUGAACCGUGUUGCUAGUGUUGUUUCUAGGUUAGGGAAGAAGUGUUGUGAGCCAGCUUUACAAGGUUUUGAGCAUGUUUAUGGUGACAUUGUUGGUGGUGUUAUAGAUGUGAAGGAAUUGGGGUUUUUGGUUAAGCAUAUGGAGGGAAUGGUGAGGAAAAUGGAUAGGUAUGUUAAUGUUACUAUGAAUUUAUAUAGUGAAAUGGAGGUUUUGAGUGAGUUGGAACAAGGUGUUAAGAAGUUUCAGAAUAAUCAGCAUGUGGAGAGCAAGAAAGCUUUUGAGCAGAAACUUAUAUGGCAGAAGCAAGACGUGAGACAUCUUAAGGAUGUUUCUCUUUGGAAUCAAACUUUUGAUAAGGUUGUUGAGUUGUUGGCUAGGACAGUUUGUACUAUUUAUGCUAGAAUUUCUUUGAUUUUCGGAGAGACCGCUUUGAGGAAGAAUAGCCUUGGAUCGCCGGUUAUGCAAGAAUGUGGGUUUGUUUCGGGUACUCUUAGCGUUCAGAUGAAUUCUGGGAGGUUGAAGCGCAACACGAGCAAGAGAAACGGUUCGACUGCAAAUGUGCCUGCGGUUGAGAGAAGGGGAACAGCUACUAGUAAGCCGCGGUAUGAAACGAGGAGAGGUGAAUUUGCGUCUAUUGGGCCCGAAGAUUUUGGUUUUCCGUGUGGAACAAGUCCGGGGAGACUUUUUAUGGAGUGUCUAAGUUUGAGUAGCUCGGUUGGAAAGUUCGAUGAUACCGAUGAUGGUUAUGUUAUCAAUCACGAGGAUCAAUACAGUCAUGUAUCGAGCAGCCACAGCGGUGUGAUUGCGAAUCAUAGCAUGAAAAGGGAGCAUUUGUUCCAUUCUGGUGUACUAAGUCAUGUUCAAAGCAGUGUUUCGUUCACCGGAGAAUUACGACAAGCUAAAUCCAGUGUACAAAGUUGCUCAACAUUUAGUCCGAAAAGUAGGUUAGCUUUUUACGCUCCUCCUACGACUCUCGGUGGCUCGGCUCUUGCAUUACACUACGCCAAUGUCAUAAUUGUCAUAGAAAAGCUUCUUCGCUACCCGCAUUUAGUCGGUGAGGAAGCCAGAGAUGAUCUAUAUCAGAUGCUACCGACAAGCGUAAGAUUAUCUCUUAAGGCAAAACUGAAGUCAUACGCCAAAGAUUUGGCGAUAUACGACGCGCCUCUUGCGCACGACUGGAAAGAGAAUCUCGAUGGGAUACUUCGAUGGCUUGCGCCUCUUGCGCAUAACAUGAUGAGAUGGCAGAGCGAGCGAAACUUUGAGCAGCAUCAGAUUGUUAGCAGGACAAAUGUUCUGUUACUUCAGACAUUAUAUUUCGCCGACCGCGAAAAGACCGAGGAAUCAAUCUGCGAUCUUCUUGUCGGGUUGAACUAUAUAUGCCGUUACGAACAACAGCAAAAUGCAUUAUUGGAUUGUGCAAGCAGUUUUGAUUUUGAAGAUUGUAUGGAGUGGCAAUUGCAAUGUGGAGCUUCUUUUCUCAAUUGAGUUUAUAAGACUCUAAAUUUUGAAAAUCCACAAUUUGGUGAGCAUUUUAUUCAUUUUGAAAUAUUUUAUCAUCUAAAAUUCUAAAUACAAAGUGGAGUUAUGAUCUUAGUUACUUGAAAAGUAUGAUUGUAUUUAAUUAAAAUUAUUAAAAUUAUAAUUUUAUUUUGUGCAAUAGAUAAGCAUUCAUAAGUGUUCAUGUUGAACUUGUAAAUAGGUUUAUAUAUAAAUUGCAUGUUGUUUAGAAUUAUUGUCAUGAAUAGAAAAGAAUCUAGCAUUGGUAUUUUAGGUUAAUCCUCCACUUGGUGUUGAUUUAUUGGAUUCUUAGCAUCUUUUGUUAAGUUUGUUAAGAAUAUUUGAACUCUUGAAGUUGAUGCUUUGGUGUUUUCUUACUACUCUUCUUCGACCAAACAUCUUACUUUGUUUCCAUUAUGAUGUUGGACAAGUUUGUCUUCUAAUGAUGUGGUAGCCAAAAUGAGAUUACCUUAUUGAUGAAAUGAGGGACCUAUGGUUUAAAUGUUGUGUUUAAUCUUCUUUAGUAAAAUUGGAAAAUAUUGAGCAAAUAAAA